AUGUUUGAUGACCAAAUAUCGCCAAAUUUAGAGAAUGACCCACAUGCUCUUAAAAUCCAUUUGGUAACCAGUACAUGUUAUGUUUUUGCAAGAUCAUUUUGUUACCAAACAACUUAUUUAAAUGUUAAAGUUAUACUUUAUUUUAUUUGAAUUUGGUUUUUAUUUUAAAUGUUCAAUGUUAAAAUAUUAUUUUAUUUUCAUUUAAUUUUUCCUGGUAGAAUGAGUUUUCAAACUUCUUUGAUAGUAUAUUUGAUGGAAGGGGUAUGACAUCAAUUGGAUGAGUUUCAAAAGAAUAUCAUUUCUUGUCAACUAUUACUAUUUUACAGGUUUUAUUGGUAGUAAAAUUGUUUUCUGUUAAUUUGUUAUUAGUGACUUGCAACAUAUUUGUAGAUUUUUAUAUUUUCUUUGAACUAUUAGGAGUGCUGGGUAGAACUAGUUGCUUUGUGACUUGGUGAAAAAUGACAUAACAAAGCGCUUCUAACCUGUUAUAGUGUAAUAUUAUUAUACUGAUCGGGUUAAGUGAUUCAAUAUUAUAUUUGACAAGUUCAAUUUAUGUUUUUCUUUCUUAAAAAUUGUGAUUAUCUUAUUUCAAGAUAUUAUGCUUAUUUUAUAAAUCAUUAAUAGCUAUGGAUUGGUUUUUAAUAUUGUAACAAAAUUAAUAUUUUUUUAAAUUAUUAUAUUUUGCAGCUAGAAAACUUCCUAUAAUCCCAAGCAAAUUAUUUGACAUUAAUUUGUCACUCCGAUGUUUUGAUAUUGAUCAAGAUAUACCUAUUCAUUUUUGUCCUGAACUAAUAGAAAAUAAACCACUGCUGUUUUAUAUCAAGCGCGAGGUUAUACAGGUGCCAACAGUAAAACCCAUGUAUACUGAUGAAGAGUUAAGAAAUUUACCUCAAUUUAAAACCAUGGCCACCGAUAUAGCUGAUCAGAAUGGGUCAUCUGGAGUAUUGGAGCUUAUUAGAUGUUGCAAAACUACCCAAGAGAAAAGAACCCAAUACGAACCAAUGAAUGAUAACAUCGCAAUUGAUAUAAUUCAGCAAUAA